AGAUUUGUCGCCAUAUUGGUGAUUUUCUUUAUACCUAGCGACUGUUUUUGACUAUACAACUAGUUAUUUUUCUGGCAACUAAACGAAACUGGGACUAUUUUUGACUACACUGAUGCCAAGUACUGUGAUAGAAGAGAUAUAAUUGGUGAUUUUGUCGACAUUUCUCCUACCAACCGGCUAAAUGAUUGUCGUUGGACCUGCAACGUGGCAAUCGAAUCACAGCAUUUCACAAAUGAAUCAGCUUCUAUGCUGCUUAAGGUACUAUGCUAGUGCAGGUCUUAUUAGGCAAACUGCUUAUUUCAUGGGAAUGGUUGCAAGCAUAGCCUGCAGAAUUGUUGGAAGGAUAUCUAGAAAUUUAGCCAGCUUAUUCCCAAGUUAUGUCAAAAUUCAAUUAUUUAAUUGUAACACAGGAUAUUGAAAUGCGUACAAUACAGAAUCACAAUGUCAAUACUGCUCAAGAAGAAAUGAUUAAUUAUUUUGGAAAUCUUUGAAUGUUUCUUUUUCUUGAGUUAUAAUGCGAGGAAUAAAAUAUUUUUGUUAUA